GUGUGCCCGCGCGCGUUGAAUAGCUGCACGAAAAACGGGUUCCUCCACCAACUCGAAAUUCUUCUGUUUCAGUUGAUUUUUCGGAUUUGCUACACGCGCGCGCGUCCUUCAGCUGCUGCCGUUGAGCCGGAUCGCGCCAGUAUCGUUCGCUGAACUCCCGCGUUCUCUCCCGCGCUGUUGCUUCUGUCGUGUUGACGCCUUCGUUGUCGUAGUCGCGCGUGGCGUGCUGCGUCCUGGGUGUGUGACACAUUGUGGUCGAUGCAGUUUUGCGGACCGGAAAUUCCUGCUCGUAGUUGCUGCUGCUAGUGUCGUAGCCCCAAAACCGUCGACGCGCCCUCCGAGUGUGACGUCUUAAAUUCUUCGGAUGAGCUCAAGUGCAUGCAUGCAUCCAUGCUGUGUUGUCGCUGGGUGUGCAUCUAGACAAGUGCUACCAACAAGAAGAAGAAGCUGAAGAAGCCAGCGUGUGUGCGGUUGGGAAAACUUUGACCAUAAAAGCUGUCACCGCGUGUGUGCCGGCGUGGAUGAUUGAUCGAGUGUUUGACAUUGAGUCAGGUGUAAAGUGAACAUGCACUAGAAAUUUCGCAGCUCGUGCGCACCAGAGAGACUUCAACUGCAAUCAGUGAUUUAUGGUCAACGUCUGAAGACUUCAAGGAGCUCGACCCGAAAAGUGUUAAAAUUAAUCAUCUCCCAUUAGGAACAGCAAAAAGUGUUUAAACAGUGCUUCAUUAAUCAACGGAAAAUUUAAUAUAGAGAACACGCGUGAUUCGUUGUCGUGGUGCAACCAGAAGCUCCCCCUGUGAGUGUCAGUCGAGGGGUCCGACAAGAAAAACGAGCAGAAAUUAACGAAACGCGUCGUACCACCCCGUCCUCGUUAUUCCUCCCUUCAAGAACGAACCUGCAACGCCGGGGAAGAUGAUUUAAAAUUUUAAAUCAGAACUCGUUUUUCAAACUAAUUCGUAUUUUAUAGCGGCCCAAACGAGGAUAACUCUAAAACAACCGGGAUUUAGAGAUGAGAGUUGUGUUGUGAUAAGGUUUGCAGAGCAGAAAGUACGAUGUCGUCCGUUUGGAGUUCAGCGGUAAAAGAGGCCGAAUGGAGCGCAAGCUCGUUUAUUUAAGGUAAGUUAGAGAACGCGCGUUACAUGUAUUUGUACUGUCAUUUGACGGCAUUCAAAACGAGGGGCACUCAACAAACUCAAAAGUGUGCACCAGUGUGAGUGAGGCCAAGUGAAAAGUGUGAACCGAAAAUAAAACUGCCAACGGUUUUUGAGGCGAUUUUGAGUGAUUUGAAGACCCCUGCCAGUGACAGGCGCUGAAAAGGGGGCGCGAAAAAAAACCGACGUUGCCAAUUAGUGCCGCCCAGGUGGAGUUGCGGGAAGAAGACACGCUCUCGCAGGGAGUGCAAAACUAGACGCGCCGAGAAACCACCACCGGACUUGUUGGUGGCGGCGGUGGUUUUCUGCACGGUGUCCGGCCCGCGACAAUGGCAGUGUCCUGCCCGGAAGUGAUGUACGGAGCAUACUACCCAUACCUGUACGGCCGCGCCGGACCCAGCCGACCCUUCUACCAGUAUGAGCGGUUCAACCAGGACCUGUACUCUUCUUCGGGCGUCCCGCUGGCGGCGUCCUCCAGCACAUCCGCCGGUUCCCACUCACCCUGCAGUCCCCUUCUGCCACCCUCGAUAUCGUCGAACGUAGCCUCGGCGGCAGCGGUGGCCUCCGCCGUAGCCCAGUCCCAGUCCCAGGCCCUCACGGCGGCCUCGUCCACCUCCAACACCACGAUACCAACGAUACCGCUGGGCGCGCUCCAGAGGCACAUUACCAAAGAGGAAGACAUCAGCACCGUCCGGAGUGACAACGAAGGCACGAUCCCGGGAGCGCACCAUCACCACAACGACAGCUCCUGCUCGUCGGGCCCGGACUCCCCCAACAACCUGCAUCAGGACGCGAGUGGGGCCGGCCCAAGCGGAGGAGGCGGCGGCGGCGGAGGCGGUGGCCUACCCGGAACGGGAAGUGGUGGCGGUCCCAGCGGCGGCGGCGAAGCUUCCGGCAGUGGGCGGGCCCAGUACGUGUCGGCCACGUGUGUAGUGUUUACCCACUAUUCGGGCGAUUCGGCCAGCGUGGUGGACGAGCACUUUUCUAGGGCGUUAAAUUUUAGCGAUAAAAAUAACAAAGAAGGUUACAGUUCCAUGUCGAGUAGAAACUUCCCUCCCUCCUUCUGGAAUAGCAAUUACGUUCCUCCUACUCCGCCUACGCACCACCAGGUUUCCGACCUCUACUCAACGGACGGCGGCUACUCGGCGGACCCGUGGCACGCGGCCCACUACGGCUCGUACGCCCACGCGGCCCACGCACAUGCCGCCCACGCGCACGCCUACCACCACAACAUGGCGCAGUACGGCAGCCUGCUGCGGUUACCCCAGCAGUACGGCCACACGUCACGACUCCACCACGACCAACAGACGGCGCAUGCGCUGGAAAGUGCCGCCGCGUACUCUAGUUAUCCAACGAUGGCAGGUCUCGAGGCCCAGGUCCAGGAAUCGUCGAAGGAUUUGUACUGGUUUUAGAUAGUUAGUGCAAUUUGUGUCCCAAAACAAAACCGAAGCAACGCUGCUGUCCAGCUUGUGAACCACAGUUACAAACCAACCGAAGCACUACUCCGGAAGGUCGGACGACAACGGGCGAAGAGCUUGAACCGUGCUGAAAAUCAAAAGACAAAACAAGCAAACCACUUGAAAGUGAUUUUAGUGAUAUCUAAUCUAAUUUAUAAUCGUGCACUUGAAACUAUCUCUCCUAACAGUAAGGAGUUUACAAAUCUCUUUUAAAAAGCACCGUAAAUUAGUUUCAGUCUUUUCGUUUCGUCUUCUAUGUUUUAGAUAAUGUUUUCGCACUGUAUCGUAAAGCAAACAAAACAGUAAGUCAAAAUGUGUGACCUAACUUUCAGAAAAAAAAAACAGACUGUAUCGAUUUUUUCAACGCUAGAACGAUAGUCUAAUGUACAUUAAAACUAGAAAGAGAGCAAAUCCUAGCACCUUGUAACCACAGCCAGUGAUUGUUUAUUGGUCAACACACACACACACACAACUUUUUCUCCGUUACGACAAUUGUGUAUCAUAUAUCGGAUUAAGGCAUAUUACCUACAGGAAGCAAAACAUAGAAAAUCUGACAUAAUUACGUUUACAGGAAGGACCUUCUCAAAA